AUGGCUGACCCUAACUCUCCUCGCCACCUCUCCAAGCUUCCACCUCAAGCUCUGAGCACUCCAACGUCAAUGACUCAGCACCUCUCACGAAAAUUCAAUUCCAGUUACCUUCACAAGGCCGUUUUCUUCUCCGUGAUCAUCGCACUCGUCUCCCUCUUCCCGUCCCGGGCGCCCGAGUUCGUGAACCAGAGCAUCCUCUCGAGGACCUGGGAGCUCCUCCACCUUCUCUUCGUGGGGAUCGCCAUAUCCUACGGCCUGUUCAGCCGCCGGAAUGCUGACUUUGACGCGGGGAAGGAGACCUUGGUGAAGGCGGAGAACCACGAUUCCUACUUGUCUCAUGUGCUGCAUGGUUCGUCGGUGUUCGACGACGAUGAGUUCUACGGCAUGCAAGAAAUCCUCGGCGAGACCAAGACGCGGACUUGGAGUUCGCAGUACCGCCGAAAUGAGCCGGUGGUUGUCAUCGCAAAUGAAAGCACCGAGAGCAGCCAUGCCACCGGCAGGCCGCUCUUCUUGCCGGUGCGGAGCUUGAAGUCGCACAUCCAGGACGACAUGGAUGCUCCCUCUGUGUCAAUCGAUGGGACCGACGAAACCGUGGAGGCUGGCGAGGCUGGCGUCGUUCCCUCGCCCGUUUCAUGGAGAUCGAGCUCGGGAAGGAUGGAGAUGAUGGAUGAACCGGGGUCUAGCACAGGUAUGGUCGUCCCACCUUGUUCCUCUUCGUCUCUGCCACCUCCAUACUUGGACGACCAUCCAAAUCUUUCCAAGACUCCAUCUUUCCGAUCGUCCAAGACCCCCUCGCCGAAUAGGUCCUCUCUUUCGCCGCAACUGAGGGCCAAAAGCGGUGAGGAAAUGAGGAACACGAUGGCCUUCUACAAGUUCUCUCCGCCCCCUCCACCCCCACCCCCACCCCCACCCCCACCCCCACCGCCAUUUACCAGCCAUGGAUGUCCAUCCACUGCACACAAAGAGAUCAUAAGAAAGACCUUCAAAGAUGAACUGGAGGACUUGAGCAGGAGGGUGAGGACAGGUGGCCAAGCAAGCACCGACAUCGUCUUCGAUCUCUUCGAGUCAGCAACAAAACCAAAGAACAGCGUCGACGGCUCUUCUGUUGGAAGAUGUUUGAGAACGACGGUAGAUCCUGCAACAAAGAUAGACUCGGAUCAGUUUUUAGGCCACGAAGCUGAGAAAGUGGUGGUUCCUCCUGCUGAUUCUGCUGCUGCUGCUGCUGAGUCAUCUGCCAAGGAACAUGCCUUCAGCUCGGCAGCACAACCGAGAGGAGCAAAUGAGAACGAAGUGGACAAGAAGGCGGAUGAGUUCAUAGCCAAGUUCAGAAAGCAGAUCACACUUCAGAGAUCUGAAUCAGCUCAGCUGGCGGCAGCCAAGUGUUGA